CGCGUCGCCAUGGUAACCACCACUGGCGCGGCGGAGGUAAGGAAACACGCCAUGUGCAUCAGGUUGGCUGUGAUGUGCUGCUCCACACACCGCCGUUGGACGCUGUGCUGCUGCUGAAGAUGGCAGCGGCACGUCACACGCGUGUCAUUGCGUGUCACCUAAGGGCAGAGUGGCGUGACCUUUACGAGGCAGGUCGCCAGAUGACACACGCUUGCACACCUUGAAAACACCCUCAUCUCACUCUGCAUAGUCAAGGAUUAUCGCGGGAAACACCACACCAGCUAAACCACCACUAAGCAGCGCGGCAGCACCAGAGGCCCGCCCCUCCACGCCCCGCCAGGAUGGAUAUGCCCGAGGAGGAGCCCCCGGAAUACGCUGAUUUGGCCAGUGAGGAAGAUGAGGAGGAGGAAGAGGAAGAAGAGGAGUUUGACGAGGAGGCGUACCUGGAGGCGCAGCGGAAAGCUCUCGAAGAGGAGCAGUUGAUGGAAGCAUUGGCACUGCUGGAGACACUCACACAGCUUCCAGAGAAGUCUGAUCUCAAGUGGACGCCUCACCACAAGACUCUGGCCACCAGCUUCCUCAGGGAGGCUGCAGAGAUCAUCCUUUGCUGUUACUUGGUCAGGAUUGGAGGGAAGGCCCGUCUGGCAGUGAGCCUCAACUUGCCCACAAGUCCUGUGGGAGUGGUGUGGUACUUUCUUAAACUGGACAAAGAGAAGCAUAUCACUGCUUCCAACUUCAAGAGAUGUGUGUGCUAUGGUACUGUGGAUACUGACGACCCGCAUGAGAUGAAUUACUUCCUGCUGGAGGUGUACCAAGCAGUGCUGCUGGCUGUGCCUGCUACACCACCCAUGUUUGGUCAUUACUCUGAGCUGGCCGGACUGCCUUGCCUCAUCAAUCUGGUGGGGGGACAGAUGGUGCAGCAUGUUGGGGCUGCCACAGACAAACCAAUGCUUUACCUGCCUCCUGAAGUGUUGGCUCUGCCGGACGACCCUGAGCAGCGCCGCCGCUUACCACUGGACACUGGACUCCUUGCCAGGACUGAGGAGUUGGUGCUGCAUUGGGUGGAGCAGAUACAUGCCUUCUGUUUUGAUCACGGCGAUGCUUCCUCCCCCUUGGAACUGGGCCUCCUGCAUGAGAUCAGGCAGCUUUCCUGGAAGAAAGCCAUGGUUCAUCAGCUUCUGACAGCAUUAGAGGCUCCAGAGGUGGUCAAGGCAAUGGAUUACUUGCACACACAGAGCUCACCAACCACUCUCCUCAUCGCUCAUGCUAUUGAUACCCUCAAGGAGGUGCAACAGCAGCAGGAGGAGAUAAGUGGGCAGCUGGUGCACCUAGAGGGACCACUUGAGCAACUGUAUACUGACUCUGUGCAGGCACUGACAGAGCACAUGUAUGACGUCUUGGCGCUGCUCAGGAUCAUUUGGAUCAACUCCCACUACUACCACCAGCAGGAAGUCAUGACAGAGGUGUGUGUACGAGUGUCAUGGGAAGUGACCCGAGCAUGCCAAGUUCACCUGCCACUGGAUGACCUUUUCUCACCCAUCACCAAGGGCGCCGGUGCCAAGGCCUCGGGUGGCAAUGGCAAGGACUCCCUCUCACUUGUGGAGAGUGCCAUCAAAUGCUGCAAGGAGUGGAGGAUGUGUUAUGUUGAGCUGGCCACACACUUUGGAGAGGAGGACAGCCCUGAGGUGUGGCUACCAGACUCUGCCUCAGUGUUCCUGCCAGUAGAGCUGUUUGUCAGUCGCUGUGAGGACCUCAAGUACAUUGGCCUCAGCAAAGUGCAACUCACUAGGCAUGGUGAAGGCGGCAUGAUGUCGGUGAGGGCGGCGGGAGCCGGUGAGGGUGGAGCUGAGGGUGAGCUGCUGGAGGAGGAGCUGACACAGGUGGACCGGGUGCUGGAGGAGGCGCUGAAGGCUGUGCAGCGCAAGAGUCACCUGGUCUUCAAUCUCACCUCCAAGGAAUGGCUCAAGCAUUUUGACAGGUUCCGUGAAGGUAUGGAGGAGGUGGAGCGGCGGUACCAGUGUGUGAUGGUGGCAGCGGUGCAGACAGUGGACACCGUGGCUCAUGGGCUUCGGGUGCUCAAUGUAUUCAAGCCUUUAGCAGCACGGAAAUCCCUCUUCUCUGUGUUCUAUGUGAUGAUUGACCAUAUUCUGAACCUGUUUGAUCGUGACCUGGAGGAAGUAGAGAAAGAAUAUGUGUUCCGCUCCAUGAAGGUGGGUGGGGAGGGUUUCCACUAUUCCAAGAUGGCGCGGUGGGCAGCAGACACUCGCAGGAAGCUGGAGCAGGAAGUCAAUCUGCUAAAGAACCAGUCAUGGCUGCCAUACUACCCCCGGCUGGACUCCAUCUACCAGCGGUGGGGCCGGACAGUGCUGCUGCUGCGAGGCGUUGUCUCCAACAUGUACGCCGCCUGGAUUGCCUCCCUGGAGCCCAACCCUUCCAAACGCCUCCUUGAAUCCAUCUUCAGGUGGCGCCCUGGAGCCAUUCAGAGCCUGCAGGACAACUUUGAUGUACAGUUGUACAAGGACCUGGAGGAGGCAGGGGCAUGGAAGGCUAUGGGCUUUGACAUUCCUGAUGCCAUUACUCCAAUAUUUGCUGACAUUGCUGUUUACAAGGAUAUCAGAAAAAAGGUAAUGGACUGUGCCAAUGGCUUCAACAACUUCAUGUCUAGGGUGUCCCGAGAUGAAGCUCAAAUGUUUGAGAGUCAGAUUCAGGCAGCAGUGAAAAGCUUCUACCCUGGCCUGUCUGCUGUGACUUGGAUGCAGCGAGAUGCGGUGGCAACACUACUGACUCGCUGCACUGCUGUAGUGAGGAAUGUUCAGGAGCAGGUGUCCCAGUACCUAGCAGUGAACCAGGACCUGUCAUCUGUGCUGCUCAAGACCAAGGAAAUGGCUUUGUAUAAACGUGAUGAUGCCAUGGUGUAUGAGGGCAAUGGCUUCCAGGAAGACCUUGGUUCACAGCUACAUGCAGCAGCUGAGGCUGUGAAAUCCAAGUUCCGUCAGAUGGAAGAGAUCCUAGACUCUCUACACCAGAAGCUCAUCAGCAAGACCAGUGUGAAGGCAGAGCAAGCCUGGCUGGCCUAUGUCACCAGGAUUGAUAAUCUCUUUCUGGAUUGUCAAAGAGAGGUGUUGCGAAGAUCUCUUCUCUCCUUUGAAGGAAUGCUGAUGGGGUCCCGCAGUUGUCCGAUGGAGAAGCUGACACCAGUCUUCACUAUUGCUAUCAGUCUUACUGAUGGCAGAAUUAUUUGCAAGCCUUCUGUCAGUCAAGUACUGCAGCUUGUCACAUCUUUAGAGACACAGUUUUCUGAGAGUUUAGGAAAAAUUCCAUGUCUUCUGCGCCGAUUCUCUUUGGAGAAGGCCAAAGCUCACUCCCACCUGCCGGCACUGGAUGACAAGCUGUGCUCCCGACUGCAAGCCAAGCUGAACAGUGAGUUCCAGACGCAGGUGGAGGAGUUGAAGCAGCGACUGGAAGAGUGGCAGGCUUACCGUGACCUGUGGGAAGUGGACCGAAGAGAGUUUUUUGAGCACUACCUUACUAAGGCCAACUCUGUUUAUAUCUUUGAGACAGACAUCAUGACUUUUGAAAGAAAACUAAGAGAAAUAGAGAAUACAGAGGAUCAUAUGAAGGUUGGCACAUUUUAUGUAAACUGUGAGACUUUGAAGCACCAGCUGAUCAUGUUAUGUAAGUCAUGGGUGUCUGACUUUGAAAAAAACCUCUUUAAGAUUGCCUCUGAGAAAUUGGAUAUUCUUUAUUCUUACAGUGGGGAGACACGGGCAUUGCUCAAAAGUGACCCACAGGACAUUUCUUCCCUAUUGACAGCAGCUGAUGAGUGUCAUGCAGCCAAACAGCAGCUGGCAGUUUACAGAAGAGAGUUUCAGCCGGUUAGGGAACAGUUUGACGUGUUGAGGAAGUACCAUUAUGACAUCCCAGACAAAGUGAACAGCAGCCUGGAGCAGCUGGAGAAGGAGUGGGAUGCUGUUGAAGGUCUCUUGACAGAAAAGGUUCUUGAGUUGAAUGCUGCCUUGGAUGGUUUCCGUAAGACUUACAAUGAUCGAUCUGAGCUGGUGCUGGAGGAGGUAGAUGCCCUCAAGGAACACUUCCGUCAAGCAUUGCCCACACGGCUAGAUCGCCCUGUGUGUGAGGCCUGCAGUGUGAUUAAGAUGCUGAAAGACAUGAUGGCAGACAUAAUCACCAAGCUGAGUGUAAAUGAAACCCUUAUGUUGCUGUCAUUACCAACUGUUGAGUUUCCAGAGCUUCCAGCAUUCCAGCAUGACCUAGUGUCAGCAGAGAAGAUGUGGUCACUACUAGAGGAGUGGCAGCAGGCAUGGGAGAGCUGGGCAAACAUGAUAGUGUGGGAGGUGAGUGUUGUUGGCCUUCAGGAGAUGCUCUCCACCUUUGGUCACAAGCUGAGGGCCAUCAAGCCCUUUGCAGCAGGGGAGAUAAACACAAGGGCAGGUGUGGGAGAGGGUGAUUGGGAGUUAAAAGAGGAAUUUCUCACCAGGAUUGAGCUGUGCAAACUACUGGUUCCUCUGACUCUUAACCUGCAGAAUGCCAGGCUAAGGACUCACCACUGGGAUCAGAUCAAGGCACUUGUCAAGGCAGAGUUUGACAAAGACUCACCUGACUUUACACUUGGUUUCCUCCAGAAAUUAAACCUUACCUCUUACAAGAAAGACAUGUCUGCUAUCCUUGUGAACUCCACAGAGGAGGCCAAACUAGUGAGUGAGAUUGACAACAUCAAGAGUCUAGCCUCAGACAUACCACUCAAUCUUAGGGCCAUACCAGGUAUGAGUGUGUCUGUUCUGGAAUCUACUUCAGCUGCAAAUGAAACCAUUGUGGAACUGAAUACACGGUUACAGGUUUUGUCAGCCUCUCACCAUGCUCGGCCAUAUGCUGAAGACAUUGAUGGCAUACGUGCAAUGCUGUCCUCUAUGAUUACCUUCUUGGAAGAAGUGGAGGCACUGCAGAGAACAUGGGGCACCUGGGAGCCCUUCUUCCUUGUGCCAGAUGUGAGACUCCACAUGGUCUAUGCUACCUCUAUCUUCGACUCCCUCAAUGAGCGGUGGUGCCAGUUGUCAAAUAUCAUGACAUCUGAACAGUUUCUCAAGCCUGUGGCAUUGCACGAUCACCUGAGGAAGGAAGUGAGGGGCAUGUCGUCUGAAUUCCGCUGCCUCACCCAGCAGGUGAGGCCGUACUUACAGGACCGCCGGGACCAGUAUACCCGCUUUUGGCUCCUCUCUGAUAAUGACUUGGUGGCUGCACUGUCCACUGUGAUAGAUGGGGAAUCAGCCAGGCCCUUCUUGCCAAAGCUUUUCACCAACAUUACAAGAAUAAAACAGGAGAAGAACAGCCAGUUGACAACAAUGGAAAUUAUUGGUGUGUCCUCCCAGGAAGGAGAGUUUUUGGAACUCAAUUCCUACAUUCCUCUGAUGGGAUCCUUUGACACAUGGCUCAAAAAUCUGUCAUCCAGCAUUGAAGCAACACUGAAGGAACAUGUGCGGCAGUGCAGGAACAGCAUGAAGUCUGUGGCCAUGAAGGUGGAUGAUGUGGUGAAGCUCUGGCCCUUGCAAGUAACAGUGAUUGCCUUCCUCAUGCACUGGACUAUGGAGGUGAGCCGCACCCUUGCCAAGACGAAGGGUUGCCUCAAUGGUGACACGCUGCAGGUGUUCAAGAAGAAGAUACGGGACUCACAGAUGCGUCUUGACGGUUGUCUUCAAGGGAGCCUGCCCAAGCUCGUACGGGAGAAGGUACGCUUGUUUUAUCUGACGGUGCUGCAGGUGAGGGACUUCUUGUGUGGAGCAGCUGAGGGAAAGUGGAGUAUUGCCUCAGAGAGUGACAUGCCACUUCGAUACACUUGGGAGAAGGACACAGACAAUUUGUUGUUUCAAGUUGGUACACAUGACUUAGCUUAUUCUUGGGAGUAUCAGGGGCUGUGGCCUUUCACAGCCCUUACACCCUCUCUCACCCUGGCCUUCACCCAGCUGGCCAAAGUGCUGUGUCAGGGAACAGCACUAGGUCUGCUUGGGGCCUAUGGCUGUGGCAAAACAGAGACAGUGAAGAGCCUUGCCCAUCUCCUGGGGCGUCACUUGGUGGUUGUGGAGUGCACCCCUAAACUGACAGCCACUCAUUUGGCCCAGAUGUUACUAGGUGUCAGUCAGUCUCCCAGCUGGUUGCUCCUGGAGUCCGCUCACUGCCUGGAUGAGGAUGUCGUGCCACCCCUCAGGGAGAUGCUAAAAGUAGUGCAGGAGGGACAGCGGGCAGCAGCAGCAGCAGCAGCCAAAGCAGGCGGGGGACGAGGCUCCAAGCUGCAUCUGCCGCCUUCUGUUAUCCUGGAGGGCAUCCGUCUCACAGUGUCACCCCUAGCAGCUGUUGUGCUGGAGAUGCAGCCAGACCAGUCCACUGCUAGAAGGACAAUGGAUAUUCUAAAGGAGACUUGCCGUCCUGUUGUCAUCUUCAGACCAGAUGUACAGGUGAUGACUGAGUGUUUGAUGGUGGUGGAAGGCUUCAAGGAGAGCAGGAGUCUGUCAUUGAAGGUGAGUGAAGCUAUGGAGAGUCUUGCCUCUGCCCUCCCUCGACGGUACCGCUGGCAGCUGGGGAUCCGUGGUGCUAACCUGCUUGUGAACCUCGCCAAAGACAUUAUCAGACGCCAGCCAGAAGUGGACGAGGUGGAUACAAUGCCCCUAGCCCUGCGGGAGCAUCUCUUGCCACAGCUGAGGGAGAAUGAACUACCAAUAUUCAAGGAAGUGUUUGCAUCCCUCUUUCCAGACUUUGAAGCUGCUCCAAUCAUCCAUGAGGUUCUGAAGGAGGGGUUGAUAGAGGAAAUGAAUAAUAGAACCUUGAUAGUGAAGGACAUGUACACUGAUAAGACUCUUCAGUUGCAUGAGGCCAUCUCCAAAAAUAAGAUAGUGAUUGCCUUUGGGCCUUCAGGGUCUGGGAAGUCUACUUCCAUUGAGCUGUUGCACACCACCACUGGCCUUCUCAAUGAGGCCGGCCAUACAGGUUUUAGACUGGCCUGGCUCGAGGCUCUCAGCCCACUGGUGGUGGAGCAUGAGUUGCUUUAUGGUCCACAGGAAGACCUGGCCAUUGGGGAGCGAAGUGGACACCUGAUGCACCUCAUCCAGAAGUGUCACAAGGCACCACCAACGUCUGACUUGUGGCUGCUGCUGGAAGGACCCAAAGACCACAAGUGGCUCUCUCAAUUCUUCCUUCAUAUCCAUCCCACCAACAGCACCUUCCUGUGCAGCCUUCGCCAGAAUAUCUCCUUCCCAUCUAACUUGAAGAUCAUCCUGGAGGUGUCAGGAGACAUUGGCCACCUCUCUCCUGGUGAGCUGGCCAUGUGCUACACCAUCCACUUUCCUGCGCAGCCACAGCUUUGGGAAGAUGUCAUUCAGAGUUGGCGAGCAACCAUCGCCAACGUGCGAGUGUCUCGUGCCUUGCAGACACUUAUCAAAAAGAACUUGCCAAACUUCAUUAACAUCCUGGAUGCUGAGCUUGUGUCUAAGCCUCAGAUGAUCAUGAAGGCCAAGGCCUUUGUUGCCAUCAUGAAUUCCCUAAUGGAGGCACAGACAAUGACAGUUGAGCCUGAGGACUGGGUUGCCAGACUUACUCCUGCCUUUAUCUUCAGCAUCAUUUGGUCAUUUGGAGCAAACAUCUCUCAGAGGGAAGCUGCCGAAUUUGAAGAAGUGGUAACUCGUAUGAUUGAGGAUGUUCCUGAAGGAGGAAUCUAUGACUACUUUGUUGAUCCUGUCAGUGGGAGCUUCCUCUCUUGGAGUCACCUCUCCCCAGAGAUAGAGCAGCUUGACAUUCGCCUCCCUGUUGUGGAGUCAAGUCUUGUUCCCACACAACGCAUCAUCAAGUACACCAGAAUUAUAAGAACAUUGAUGGAUCAGGGAAUACCUGUUCUGCUUACAGGACCACCAGGCUCUGGCAAAACUACCAUCAUUAAUGUGCUCAGACAAAUUCCAAACAAAGAGCAAAUGGCCAUUCUGCUCAGCUUCACAGCCAACACUCACCCUGUGAAUAUUCAGAGCACCCUAGAAAGCCAACUCAUGAAGCAGGGCAAAAAUACACUGGCAUGUAAGAAAUCUAAGCUGCAUGUGCUCAUUGAUGAUCUUCACUGCAGCGAGGGAAGUGAUCACUUACACGAAAUCUUGGCCACUGUUAGGUAUACCACUCAGCGUGGAAAGUUGUUUAGCCAUGACAGCAAGGCAUUCCUGACAUUGCCCCCACUCUGUUAUCUGUUCACUAUGCAAAGAAAAACUUGCUUCUUUGGCCAGGAAAAAACUCAAGAGAUUAAUGAGCAUAUAGAUGGCCGCUGGUUAGAGACCUUCCACUCCCUCACAUUGCCAGAAUUUUAUGACAAAGAACUGGAAGGAAUCUUCAGCAAGCUCUUUGAUGAGGCUUUAGGACAUUUUGACCAAGAAGUGAAAUGUCUGAGGACUGUGUUGGCUGAGGGUGUGGUAUAUCUGUUUAGGUGUAUGGGAAAGAAGAGCCAGGUAGCCUGUGGAGACUACUUAUCUCUUGUGCACCAUCCACGUCAAAUCUUCUCAGUGCUCAAGGGCCUCCAGCUGGGGGAUGAGGAAACACAAGACAGAGACAACUUCCUACGACACCUGACCCACGAGUGUUACCGUGUAUUCCACGAUCUUGGUGUGAUGCCUCAAGAAGCCUUUGACCAGCUCAUGAAUGAGGUCCUCACAGAGUAUCUGUGCAUUGGUCUAAACACUGUCACUCACGAUCCUUCUAACUUUAUGCUGACACGGCUUGGUAAUGAAGAGGAUCUGUAUGAUGAUGCAAACAUUCAGUCUCUCCAGCAAAUCCUCGAGAAAAGUGGACAGGCCCUCCUAGGUCCUAAACAGACCUUUGUGGUGUUCAACAGCCUCAUCCACCACUUAGUGCGACUUCUACGCAUAUUAGGAUAUCAACACAAAGAAGACAAAGAACCUUCGUUGGCCCUAGGCAGUGUUGGAGGCCACGUGGUGUUGGUGGGUCCUGAGGGAUGUGGCAAGAAGACAUGUGCCCGAUUGGUGUCCUCCCUGGCAGGUUACAAGACCCAUGAUGUGACAGGAACCCCUGAAGAAGAAGUGAUCAUGACAAGACAGAUCAUUGCAGAUCUCCUAUCAGGCACCCCAGUUUUGGUCAUCAUUGACUGGAAUAUAUUGCAGAAUGUGAAAAACUUAAAAUUUCUGAAUGACUUGCUGGUACAGCAGUAUUAUUGGCAAUCACCUAGAGACUCUCCAGCAAAUUUUAAGAUCCUAUUGUCUGUGCCCUCACUGGAGGAGGCUCAUGAGGUUCUCAGGUCUCUUCCUGCCAUGUCAAGCUACUACAGCAUUGAUAGCUUCCAGGAGUGGAGCACUGAGGACCUUCAGCUCAUAAGCAGACGAAUACUGAGCAGUGAGAUUGGAGAACGGCUCUCGGAUAUCAUCCUGCAGUCCAUCACAGAAGUCAUGGCAUUCAUCCAUGCCUCCAGCAGUCCUGCACCAUCAUCAAAGUUUCUUGAAUUCCUCAAGAUGUUUUUGCAGGUGUUUUGCAGACUGUAUGACGACAUCAUCAAUGAGAAAGAGAAGUUGAGCACCAGCAUUGUCAAGUUUGAGGAUACACAGAAGCGAGUGAAGGAGUUGUCCAAUCAGUUGGAGGAGCAGCGUGCCCAAGUGACUUACAUACAGCAGUCGUGUGGCAGUGUGGUGCUCAAGAUGAGGAACAUCAGAUCAGAACAGGGUCGUCUGGAGCAAGACCUUGCCAAGAAUGAUGCCCUUCUUCAGCGCCAGAAAGAUGAGUCAUCACGAAUACGAGAAUUGAUCAGUCGUGACCUGACAGCUCCCAAGCUAGAGAUGAAAGCUGUUCAUCGCCGGCUGGACCGCGUCACGCGGGCAGAAAUGGAGGGCCUGAGGGGCCUGAGCCGGCCACCACGUAGUGUGGAACUUGUGUUUGAUGCAGUGCUCACCACACUAGAGCUUGACCCGUCCUGGAAUGAAGCCAAAAAACAAAUGGCUAAUGCACUGGAUUUCGUAUCAGGCAUCAAAAAGAAACCUGUUGAAGAGGUGCAUGAAAAGAUUCUCUCAAUUAUUCAGUCUUACCUGAAAAUGGAAGAACUGACUCCGGAAAAGGUAACUGGGGAGUCAGAAACGGCAGCAACAUUCCUAACGUGGUUACAAGUGUUUGAAAAAUAUGUCCGUGUCUAUAAGGAUUACCACCCACUCAAGGUGCAGGCAGACAUCAUUGCCAAGGAGAUUGAUGCCACCGAACAGUCAAUUAAGCAGUACAAAAAUGAUCUUGCAGGCUUCAGUAUUGAGCAUCAGACACUUAUGACACAGCUGAAGGAGAAAGAGCAGCACCUGGAGGCAGCAGAGGAGGAGAUGAAGGUGUUGGAAGGCCGCAUACAGUUAGCACAGAAAGUGAUGACACAGCUUGGACAGGACAAGAUCCACUGGGAAGAAUCUCUCUCUCACAGCAGCGUGCAACUCAGGAACAUCUUUGGCGAUGCUGUGCUAGCAGCAGCCUAUGUCACGUACCUCGGGGAUGCCACACACACUGCACGAGGUGAGGUGAUGGCACGCUGGCAGGAGAAGAUGGAGGAGCUGUGUCUCUUUCAUACAGCAGAAAGGAAUGUUCUGGAUGUCUUGGCGCCACUCCAUGCACGAGUCAGGUGGCAUGAGCAGGGUCUCCCUCUUGAUGCCUUCUCUUUGGAAAAUGCUGCCAUCAUUUGCUACUCAAGUCUUCCUCAGCUAAUCCUUGAUCCCCAUCAUGUCCUUGAACAGUGGAUCCGUAACUGGAGUGAUACCACUGAGGUGGACCUUGAAAAAAGUGACUACCUGCAGAAACUGGAGGACUUGCUCCAGAGUGGUUCAACUUGUCUCAUUGUACAAGAGGAGUUAGCUCUGCCCACCAGUGUCCUACAGGUGCUUGAGAUGGAGCGACAUGUGCGUGACGGUAAAAACGUGUUACUGGUUGGGGACACUGAAUUACAAGUCCAUGAUAACUUUAGGAUGCUGAUUCUUCUUACAAGUCGAGAGCCAGAGAUUACCAGCAAUAUGAGAAGCCUUGCCAAUGUUGUCAGCAUGCAAAGUCAGCAGGAAGGUCUGGAGGUGCUGUUAACUUCACGUGUAGCUUCACACUACCAGCCUGAUCUUGUGGAAUCUCUAAAGAAAAAUGAGUGGGACCUUCUGGAUCGUGAGAAACAGUUGGCAGAGCAAGAAGAGACCAUACGAACACUCAUGUCUCGCUUUGAUGAUGAUGUGUUGGAGGAGAACACCCUAAUGGAGCAGCUGCAGACAGCAUGCUCCAGGGCCUCAGAUGCAAAGCGUAAGUGUAAUGACCUUAGAAAGAGUCUUGAUGCAGCCAAGGAAGGUAAUGCAACAUACAGAAAGAUCGCAGGGCUCCUGACACGUCUGUACCUCAUCGUGGAGAGAUUCCCACGACUGCAGCCCUCCUUGGAACUAGGCCUGGAGCACCUCAGCACACUCAUCAUUGGGGAGAUGCACCUGCAGAGUCUUGUCACUUCAUGGGGUCGAUUGCUGGGCCAGAACAUUGUCAUUAAGAUGCUGCAGAGUGUGUACAGGCACUUGGAGGAGCAGGUAAGUCCCAUCUCCCUGGUGACGGUGGGCCUCAUCUUGGCCAGCUGGUAUGAGUGUCACAUCGGCCUCACCACUCCACAGUUCUGCUCGCUGCUCUAUACUCAGCUGGUGGACCAGGAUGAAUCCCGGCCCCUUCCAUUGGACCUUAAACCUUAUCUUGCUACAGAGUCCCAAAGCACAUCCUUGCUGCAGCCGUUUGACCCAGGCCAGCAUGCAGCCUUGCGUCCUGUUUGGCUUACUGAACGGCAAUGGUUGCAGAUCAUUAGCCUCUCCAAAAUCGAGCCAUUCCAGGAGCUAGCAGAUCACAUGGUGACUCAUGAGAACCUGUGGCGUGUGUGGUACAUAACUGAGCAGCCAGAAACUGGAACACUGCCUAAGAAGAUGGAUAGGAAAAUCAGAGGCGUGGCCAAGCUUAUUCUCAUCAACUGCCUCCGCCCAGACCGCCUGGACGAGGCGUCCAUGAUGUAUGUGCAGCGAGUGCUGAAACAUGAAGCCAGUGAGGCCACAGCUAAAGCGCUUCUCUCUGUGGCUGGCAAAGGCAAUGCGGCUUCACCUAUAAUCCUGUACAGCUCUGUUCCUCUGGAUGUGGAGUUUGUGCUCCAUCAAAUCCAGGCCCUGUGCCACCCUAUCAUCUCCUCAGAUCCCGAAGCCCUGGAUGUGCUGGCCCUGGGUCAGGGCCGGGAAGACAGCCUCACUCUCAGACUGCAGCGGUGUCUCCUCAAAGGCCAUUGGCUCCUCCUUAAGAAAGGCACUGCUGCCAGUGCCUGCAUUGCUCGCCUUACCAAGUUUCUGAGGAAUGAGUCCUUAACAGCAGCCCAUAAACGGUUUCAGAUUUGGAUGUAUUUUGACAAUGAUGAUGAGUUGCCAUCAAGCCUGAUGACCGCUUGCCGCAAGGUGUACCUCAGCCUGCCAUGCACGGUAAAGGAAUCACUGCGCCAUUUGUAUGAACUGGUCGGAGAGUCUCGUCUCGCUGCCUACACCAACGAGUGGAGUAAGUGGUGUCUGCUCAGCCUGGCAUUGUUCCAUAUUGCCUUCAUCACUCGCCAGACACUAGAGAAUAACAGCACCCCCUUGGCAGUCACUUUGGGGGAUACCCAAUGGGAGGAAGCUGAAAACACCCUUCGAACACUGCUGACGGGAGGACACCCUGCUGACAGCUCCCUUAUUGCCUCCCUCAUCCCUCCACUGACGGAUCUGUACCUCGCAGGCUGCCUCACUGAGGAGAGCCGCAGCAUUCUCACCCAGCUCAUGUCCACUUAUCUCUCUCCUGAAGCCAUACAAAAUGUUCCUGGAAGGGUGUCAGCACUCACCCACUACACUGUACCAAGGGCAACCUUCCUUGAGGAGCACCUGGCACAGAUGGAGUUCAUCUAUCUGGCACAGAAUGUGUCCCUCACUGGUGUGGCACCGAUGGUCAUCUUACAGAACCAGAGAGAUGAAGCCAGGGACAUCAACAUUGCUUUACGGACUUUGAAUGAACAGAAGACAUCCCAGCGUUCACUGCAAGAUACUGUUUGGCCGCGACGCUUUGUUGAGCUGAGAGACAGGAAGCUGAAGGGCAAGAAGAUAAAAGGGGCACUGCAGGCUAUUAUGAGGCAAGAAUAUGAGGACUGUUCAAAAGUUGUGCACCAUGUGGCCUCCAAAUUGGCUGUCACAGAGGACCUGAACACCAUAAACAGUUUGCUACAGGACAGUUCUCCAAGCCUUGAGAUCACCAAGGAUGACACAGAAUUGCGUAAAACUGAAGCAAGGCUGAAGAAGCUUAACGCCAGAGCAGACUUUCUGUGGGAGAUGGCCGGCAGCUGUGAACCACCACGAAACCUCCGCUUAGGCCUACUGCAGGAACCAGAAGCAGCCUGGGCAGCAGUAACACGCAGCUUCUGGGGUGAGCUACGCCAAGCAGCCUUGGAGGUGGCAGUGUUGACCAGGGCACUGAGUGCUUGUCUGGCUACCAAGGGAGGAGAAGAGGAUGUGAAGGGUGUUGGAGAUGAAGAAGAAAGCCCCUCACUGGUGCUGGAGAAGCUAGUGUUGCGUGGUGCCUGCUGGGACGCAGCAGCUGAAGUGCUCAUGACAGAGGAGCUGGGUGCUGGUCUACCAGCUGCCACUACGCUGGACCUCACUGUCACCAAGUGCACCGCUCGUGUCAAGAAGGUGCUCAGGAAAACUGGAAGAGUCCACCGCACACCUGUCCACGUUGGCGGGGCUGACACCUGCACACCACUGUUCUGGGUGCAUCUGCCCCUUGCCUCCAGCAUUACCAGCCACACAUGUCUCCUUAGUGGUGUGCGACUCAUCACAGCCUGAGGUGCAGCGCCUCCCAGCAGCCUUGCAGUUUUACAUUUAUGAAAUUGCUUGCCUUGUGAUGCACUGUUAGUCUUGUGAAGGAAGACCAUGCAUUCCUUUCUAAAAUCAUAUUUAUAUUAAUACAUACAGUAAUUUAAUCACUAUCAUUGUCAUCUCAGUCAUGUGUGUCAUGAAAAUCAAAGAUUAUAGAUCUACAGUUGUACCAGUAAUAUAUACUUGUUAUAGACCAGCUAUACUUUCUAUUCACUAUAUGCAUUGCCACAGCUCGUAUCUCAGGUGAUGCCAAAGGAAAAAACAAGAAAAAUGAAGAUGAGCCAUCAAUAUAUAUUUAAGAACAUAAUACAUUUGCACUUUUCUAUCGCAGAGUAGUGAGUACAAGAGAAGGGUCAGGGUGUGGGGAGUAUACCUGAUAAUAACCCAUACAAAUGCUACAAAAGGGUGAAUAUAUCCUUUUUGAAACCACAAGCAAGGCCACAAUUCAAAGGACUUGCCAAUUCACACCAUGGUGUUAUCCCUGCCACCUCCCUGAAACUAAUUACAAUGAAGUGAGAACCUAACAUCACCAGUCAACUUUUGUACAUCUAUAUAGAAGGAAAACUGAGGAUGGUGUUUCCUUCUCUGUGUAAACAACAUGUUCCGCAGUAAGUGAAGUAUAGGAAGUGUGAUAACAAGGCCUACAAGCAAAAGACACACCAGAAAUCGACUGUGUAUAAUGCCACAGAGGAGUAUUAGGCCUAUCACUAACAUGCCAUUUGGAAUACAUAUAAAAAUACAUCUCUCCAUCUUCUAUGUGCUUGACGCCUCAACGUGCAGCACGGCAAGGACACUCCAUGCAGCCGUCACCGAGCACCAUGACCUAACUUAAUCUACGGAGGGAAUAAGACUGAUUUUUAAGACGCCACAAAGCACACCUCCAUUAUAUGUUGAUCCCAAGACCGGGGGGGAUUGGAGACUUCUGAAUAGUGGAGGUAAUUGUGGAACGAGGGGUGGUUAUGGCUAUAGUCGUGGAGCGGGGGGUGGGCGUGACAGUGGAGCGAGGGGUGGAGAUGACGGUGGACCGGGAGAUGUGGGUGACUGAGGGAUGGGCGGUGUAGGCUGGGGGCGGGUCCCUCUCUCUCAUCUCUCUGCAGGGGGCUGGGUUUGGGCUAGGGACGGGUGUGGGCGGUUGCUGGCAGCAGGGUGGGUGGGAGUAGGUGGAAGGUACCCGCACGGACACCAGUGCCUGCUUCUUGAUGAGACGGCCGUAGGAACGCACCACGAGACAGCAGUACGUGAUCACCACCACCGCCACCACGGACGCCAGCAGGUCCAGAGUACGCUUCUGGAGAGCAGCACGCACCCCCGACCACACCACGGCAGCCAUCACAACCACAGACAGCACCAGCCACGGCACCAGCAGCCCACCACGCUCCUGCACCACACCAACUCACCUUGACUGCCGCCACAAUGAGCAGGAUGGAGAAGGUGAAGAAGAGAACCCACACGCUCACCUGGGCGUACACGAAGAUGCGAACUAUGGGAGAGAACAAACCAGACCAGCAAGUGGACGAAAAGUGAGGACCAGUGGAGUCCUGGCGGGGCGUGGCGGACUAACAUGGUCUGUGGGGCUCCCGCAGCCACAGCAGCUGAGUCAUCGGCCACAGGUGGAGGUGGUGGGCUCGGCGGUGUCGCUCAUGUCGGUGGUCUGCUCCACCUCUCGCCGCUUGUAGGGCGUCCGGAAGAAGACAGUGAAGAGGAUGACGAUGAAGGUGAGGACGCCCAUAAGCCCCAUGACCACACCUGCAGGAGACCGGAGAGGCUGACGUGAGCAGCAAGUGGUGCCGGAAAAUGUAGUGGUGGUAGUAGUAGUAGUAGUAGUAGUAAUAGAAGUAGUAGUAGUGGAUGGUAGUGUGGUCACACUCACCCGAGUAGUCUCUGGCCUGCAGGUCGGAGGUAAUGUUCUUGGUACACACCUCUAUGUCUUGUAACUCUGGCGGCAGAUCGCUGGAGAGAACGUUCGCCGUGUAGGUCAUGAGUACACCCAGAAUCUGACCUAUUGACGGACGGAAAUGAGGAAGGUCAUCCAUACUUUACAUGUCAUAUGCUUUGCCACGAAUGUUUAGUGUGUAGUUAUCUGUUAUAGUUAUACAGGGAGGAGAUGAGCAGCGAACAAAACACUUGUGUUUACCACAUGCACCGAUGGAAUCAUACACAACUUUCGUAUUCCACAUUGACAAAUGAAAGACUGCACAGAACCAGUGAUGCGGUUACCACUUAAAGUUCAUGUUAAUGAACUGUGUUUUGAAGGUAAGAGCGAGUCUGAAUAAUGCUUGUUAAGGUCAUUGUCCGUAGGAUCAGUCCAUUAUAAGAUGUCAAAGUGUUGAUGAAAAUUAUUAUUUAUGAAUAUUUGAGAAAAAGAAGAGCAUUGAUAGCUCACCAGUCACAAAGAUCAAUGUAGUGCUGAUGGUCUCCUCCACAGGGUAAGUGAUCUCCACUCCUAUCUCCAGACUAAUGGGGUACACUCCAGAGCUGAAGAAUCCAAACAAGACACUGAAGAUGAUCAGAAGGGCGUGCUGGCCGGGCACUAAGUAAACCUGACAAAAGAGAGACGGGAAGGUAGUUAUUAAUGUUUGCUGCUGGGUAAAAGCCUCUCAUGGAUAUGAAGGCUACAGACCGCAGGCCAGAAUACCAGAGAAGACCACAAGUACUUGCUUGAGAAAGAAGAAAAUUCUUGCACAAAUUUCAACAUGGAAUUAAUCUGUAGUUCCCUCAAAACAGCGUGUAUUAAAUAUUAGAUUAUUACUUCAGAAGCACCAUAUGAUUACCUUUAAUAAAGUAACUGUGUCAUA